CUAACCCAGCCAUCCAAUAUCAUUCUAGCUAUAAGGAUGAUUUAGUGAAAGAUAAAGACGCAAAGAGACGCAGUGUUUCCUCUUCAGAAGACGAUGACAGUAACAAGUACCUACGACCGCCCCCGUUCCAUUCGACUGUUGCGCAUAGUAGCGAAGUCUUCUCUAUUCAAUAAUAAAAAUAUCAGACCAUUUUUGACCAAAUGUCACACUGCACCUGCUCCUGACAUGAUUUAUGAUUCGCCCGACAAUGAUCUGGAAAAACGGCUCGAUAUGAUAGACACUGGCAAUUUAGAGUUACUACUAUGCAUGGAAACACGAGCUCGAAUGGACAACCAAGAAAAAAGAGAGAAAGAGCAACAAUUGAAAAAGGAAGAAGAAGCAGCAGCGGCAGCGGCAGCGGCGGCGGCGGCUACACCUCGCCGACCAACAAAGAUCAAAUUCGAAUUACCCGUUACCCCGCCUCGCUCCAAAUCACCGAUCAAAGCUUAUCCCAAAGCUAAACCGGUACGAUCGUUGCCUGAGGAAGGGUUAACAGCGAAUGCUCUUCGACGUCCACCACCCUCUCCCAAACCUAGAAGAUCUAGUUGGCGUUAUCUCUUUGGUGAUAGAGAUAACGACGAUGAUAUGCCCUUACCGAUUACCUUAGGCUCAAGGGUAAGACUGACGAUGAGACCGUUACCUACCUUUGGAUAUGUCCAGUUUAUAGGUGCUGUGGAGUUCGGCCAUGGUGAAUGGAUUGGCGUUGAGCUCGAUCAUGGUGUUGGAAAUUGUGAUGGAAGUGUUGAUGGUAUCACUUACUUUGAUACAGAUCCAAAUCGUGGUAUUUUCUGUAAACGACGAGAGCUAGAAGCUGUGGCAGAAUGAAUACCUUGUCCCAUUUGAAGUCAUCGAAUUGCAUAUAUACCCUACUUUAUUGUAUCUGUAGUUACUUCUGCAUACGUUAUCUCUAAACACUAUUUUAAUUCAUAUCGCUUUCAUGACUACGAACCUCUUCCAGACCUCUUUAUUCUUCUUAUUUUGUUAUUAUAACCUGAAUUUAUUUAUCUCAAUCACAUACUUUUAACUCUACUCUAUAUAAUGAGCCUUGUAUCAUAUUUUCUGAUCGCUUCGAGACAAGCGCAAGUGGUGUCUUGUCAUGUUUUUAAACUAUAGCUAUUUUAAUAAAAGACUCCUCCUUUUUUUUGGGUUCGUACAAUGCCUCCA